AGCCAUGAUGCUUGCAGGUUGAAGACACUUGCCAGCCCUAGUUUGUCUUUUUGAAUUCUCAAAGAAAAGACAGCCGAUAUCCUUCAACCAUGGAGUUUUAUGGCAUGACGGGGGAGAAACUUGGUGUGAUAGGCCAAAUCGACGGCACCAAGUCCAAGUUUGACGAUCUGCCUCAGUGGAAGAAAGAUCUCUUGCAGAAGCCGUCAAUAUCAGUGCGGAAGGGGAUCGCUUGGGGUUUUUCUUCACCAUACGAAGAUACUUCCACGCUUGUCUUGACCUCUAAGGCGGGCGCAUUCGUUGAUAUCAGAUUUCCGUCCAACUUCGCUAAGUCAAGACCGUUGACGGAGGACCCGGCUUUCUGGGCGUUUAGCGGUGUGGCUACUAUGAGGUUCUACGAAGGGAUGCCACACACAGCGCACGGAGUAUGGACACAUGACAUUGACUCAAGAGACGAGGCGAUAAGAGAUGAAGGGGAUUUGUUCUUGCUGGGGAAUGGGGAUUGCGUGGAGACUGGGUUGAUGAAGAAUCCGAGGACGGAGAGAAUGGCGAUGUAUAAAGAGUACUGGACCAGUCCGGGAGUCGUGGAGAUAACGCCUUGCGUCGUUGCGAGAACGAGCGAGAGCGAGGGCUGGCAUGGGGUGGUCAUUAGGGUCGGAAACUAUUGUCAGGGAAUCAUGGCAAGACAUAACCAAGGGAAAAGCGAAGAGAAACAGGUGAAGGUACUGGUAGAGAGAUGGCAGAGGACACGGAUCGAUAGAGGGAGGUCGGUGGAGGAGGAACAGGAAGAGAAAAGAGAGUGGCUGAAGGAUGGGCGAAGUAAUACGUCUGAUGAGGGCGGAGACAGUGAGAAAGUGCCGUGUAUGUGGGCGUGCCGUGAGGAUAGGAGGAUAGGGGACGAGGUCGUGGUAGCUGGAGUGCAGUGGAAGGUUGUCGAGUGGGAGCUGUGAGGCAGGCAAGAUACGAGACAGGCACAGUACGUAGGGAUGUCUCGGCGAGGGAGGAAGAGAGAUGGCCAAGGGUGUCUCACUUCAGGAGGUUGAAUGAUGGUGUAUCAAUGACUUGGUUUGGCAUGAACGUUUGGAUUUCACGGGAUCAAGACUGCCAACCUCACCGCAACAUAAGUUACAUACAGUACAUCAAUUGUGGAUAGAUCUACUGCUC